GGGGCGGGGACCCGUGUAGCCUCUGGGCCUUGUUGUGCCCUGGCGCCACCCGGACAUCGCUCAGGCCACUGGCACCAUGGAGAUCUGGACGUCAGAGCACAUCUUUGACCACUCGUGGGAAAUUGUUACAACAGCUGCAAUGCAGAAAUAACCAAACUCUAUGGAUCUAAGUGUAGUUGGAGUUGAUGUGUUGGACAGACAUAUAGAUCCCUCUGGAAAGUUGCACAGCCACAGAUUUCUCAGCACACAGUAGGGACUGCCUUCCAUUGUGAAACCUCUUAUUCUUAGUGGUGCAGCAAGAACGAAAACAUAUGUGCACGAACAUUCUGUAGUUGAUUCCGUAGAGAAAACAAUGGAACUUAACUCUACUAAUAUUUCAUUUACAAAUAUGGUUUCAGUAGAUCAGAGACUUAUACACAAACCAAAUCCUCAGGACCCAGAAAAAAUUGUUUUGACUCAAGAAGCCGUAAUCACCGUGAAAGGGGUUAGCCUCAGCAGUUACCUUGAAGGUCUGAUGGCAAGUAUGUUAUUCUCAAACACUGUUAAAGGCCGAGAAGCAAUGGAAUGGGUAAUACAUAAAGUAAAUGCCAAGAUUGAAGAACUGACAGCCUCAGGAAGAGGAAGCAUAAUGACUCCAGGGGCAGCAGCAUUUGCUAAGAAGUGAUCAUGAAAGUUGGUAGAGAAUGUGGGGUACCCCAGGUCUCUCCAAGCUGACUACAUAUUUAUGUGUUAUUUUACAAAUACAACUAUAUUUUAGAUAGAUUUUUUUUUAUAAGUUGGUGUAAGGCUAUGUGACUUGAUCAAAACAGAUGCAGGGCCUCUAAAUAAAAGAGAUCAUCUGAAAUUAAUAUUGUUUGAAAUUACUAUCUGAUCUUGAGGGUUCCAGUAUUUCUGUGAAAAUUCAACAAGAACUCCUUGGAAAUUGGUAUUGAUAAUGAAUCUCCUUAAGGUAGAAUUUUCAAUCUUUUCAAACGUUGGAACUCUACCUGACUUUGGACCAACCCCAGAACAGAGCAGAGCCACCUCCGAUAGACACCCAUUGCCCUGCUGCUGUACACUUCAACAUCUUGCCCAAGGCAACUCACUUAAAAGGAGAAAUUGUGUAGUUUUAAAAUAUAUUUUGUGUAAAAUAACUUGCUCUGCUAUAAGCCACCAUUAACCAGUGUUUUAAUUUGGUACUUAAAUAUUUUUGGAGUGAAAAUUAUCACUAAAGUAACCUGACUCCAACAAAAGUAUGGUUUCAUUAUAUUAAAGAGUACUGUAUUGAUUUGUCAAAGGUUUGUAACUUAGUAAAGGUAUUCACUUCCUUAGAUUUGUUCUUUGUGAUUUAGUAUACUGUACCCUGGGCUGGUUAUGUUAACUGAAAAAAAUAAAGUCAUUAACUGAG